ACACAAAACACAAAAAGUGCUCCCUACUGUGUGUGUGUGUGUGAAAGCGUUGAAACGAAGAGAGAGAAAAAGAAGAGAAACUCAGUUAAUGAGAGUGUAACUCGGUGAGGUGAGCACUAAAAUCCCCAAUUAGAGCUCGCAAAUCUCUAGUUGAAUUUUAGUUAUGGGAGAAGAGGAGACAGUUACUGAGGUAGCGGAGGCGCCUGCUAAUGGAAAUGUGGCAGUGGAAGAUAAGGGUGACGCUAUUACCAAGGACUCGAAUGUGGAAAAGGAUGGAAGCAAGGAAGUGCAAGCAGAGAGCAAAGAGACUGAUAAAGACGAUGCUGAAAAGAUGGAUAUAGACAGAAAAGAGGCAAAAGAAACCAACGUUGAAGAAGAGGUGAAAGAAAGCAAAGAAGAAAAAGAGGCAGAAGAAAGAAAAGAAGAAAAAGAGGCAGAAAAAAUAAAAGAAGAAGAGGAAGAGGUGAACAAAAGCAACAAAGCUGAAGAAGAUGAGAAAGCUGACCAGGAAAUUGAAGUGGAGGAAGAGGUGAACAAAAGCAGUAAAAUUGAAGAAGAGAAAGCUGACCAGGAAAUUGAAGUGGAGGAAGAGAAGCAGGAACCCAAGAGCGACACGAUGGAAGAAGAUACGGCUGAAGAGCCAGAUAAUAAGGAUGAUGAGGAGGUUGAAAAGAAGGAGGUAGGUGGAGAGAAAAAGGAUAAAGAAAGCAAUGAAGAGUGUAAGGAUGAAGAAGGGUCUAAAAAGAGUGUUAAGUCGAAGGGGGAGAAAGACAAGAAAAGGAAACGAGAGGUUGUAAAGAAGAAGGAGAAGGAAAUAGAGCCAAAAACUCCUGCACCCUCAACAAUUGACCGUCCUGUACGUGAACGCAAAUCUGUUGAAAGGCUUGUUGCAUCUAUUGACAGAGAAUCCAACAAGGAAUUCCGUAUUGAAAAGGGUCGUGGGACUGCACUGAAAGAUAUUCCUAAUGUUGCAUACAAAUUAUCCAAAAGGAAGACUGAAGAAACAUUCAAAUUGCUUCACACAAUUCUCUUUGGAAGGCGUGGAAAGGCAGCUCAGAUCAAGAGCAAUAUUUCACGAUUUUCUGGCUUUGUGUGGCAUGAAAAUGAGGAAAAGCAAAAGAUGAAAGUAAAAGAAAAGCUUGACAAGUAUGUAAAAGAGAAGCUGUUGGAAUUCUGUGAUGUACUAGAUAUACCUGUUUCCAAAGCUACAUCAAGAAAGGAAGACAUAGUGACAAAGUUGUUGGACUUUUUGGAAGCUCCUCAUGCUAUGACUUCUGAGUUACUUGCUGAGAAGGAACAGUCAAGUAAAGGAAAAAAGCGUAAAAGAGAGAGCAAAAAAAGUCCUUCCUCGACAUCUGUUAGCUCGAAAGGUUCAACCAAGAGUGGAAAGAAAACUGAAACUGCAUCUCAAAAGGCUGAGAAGAAGAAGACUGUGCAUGAGUCAGAAGAUGAAUCUGAGCAAGAAGAUGACCACGAGGAGGAAUCUGAAGAGGAAAAGGCUAAUGGUGUUCCUGAGAAAUCUGAUGAUGAGAUGUCAGAGCAAGCUGAAAGUGAGAAGGAGAGUGAAUCUGAAAAUGAGUCCGAGGAGGACAGACAAAAGCAUAAGCAAAGUUCAAAUAAAUCUUCAACAAAGAAAGAACCUGCCGGGAAAGCUAAGACCAAGAAACCUGCAGUCGCUAAACUGCCUAGUCCUGCUCCCAAAAAGACCCCUUCAAAAUCACCAAAGAGCUCAAAGCACAAUGCUAGUACUGAUGCAAGUCCUAAAGUGGUGUCUGCAAAGAAGAAAAAAGCUGAAGUAGUUAAAGAAAAAUCUUCAAUACCAAAGAAGUCUAUUUCCAAGGAAAAUACUGGGAAAAAGAUUGUAAAGGGAAAAGACAAGAGCAAAGAAGAUAAAUUGAGACCAAGUGAUGAUGAACUCAGAAAUGCAAUUUGUGAAAUUCUUAAAGAAGUUGACUUCAACACGGCCACCUUCACUGACAUUCUGAAGCAACUUGCCAAGAGGUUUGAUACAGAUCUCACACCCAGAAAAUCAUCUAUAAAGAUUAUGAUCCAAGACGAGCUGACUAAACUAGCUGAUGAGGAAGAUGACGAGGAAGAGGAAGGCGAUGCUGAGAAGGAUGUAAAAAAGCCUUCUGGCAAAGGUGUGAAGGCCUGAAAACAUGGGUAGAAUGCAAUCACUGGAAAGGUACCCUACACUGUCGGUAUCAAUAUCCAACCUUUCUCUUCCUCGUGAAUUUGUGCCUUAUGAGUUCAACCAGCUGUAAUCUAUUCUUAAUGUCUCGUUUUUUCAAUUAACUCUUUGAGUAGGAUAUUGUAGAGCUAUAAGCACCUAAGCCUAGUGCCAGAUUACUGCUUGUAUAAACACAUUUGUAGUUUUAAUUUUAAUUUUUCUGUUAACUUAAUCGGCCGUCCUGAUCAUGUACUAUAAAUCUACAAGUAUAAAUUGUUAGAAUCAACAUGCAUUUGGGUCUA